AUGGACUCUCUUCAAUCGAUGUUCACAAAUCCUGGCAACAGUUUCAAUUAUGAUAUUUGUCCUCCAUCCACUCUUGUGACCCCAUUGCCACCUUUAGAAGCUGUCACAUGUCUCAGCUCACCUGUUACAAUUCCUCUUGCCCCAAGCCUCUCUCCUGCAACUCUGUCACCAGCUCCCACUUAUACAGCAGAUCAAAACAUAAAAGACAGCAAUACAACAGAUAAUGCAACUGACAGCGACACAACGGCAGCAGACACUAAGGAUUACAUUGACAGUCUAUCCCAAACACAAGAGAUUCUUAGCAUUGCCUCCACCACAGUAACAACUACUGUAACAGCUUCAGCAAUGGCAACACUGGUCACAAUGAAAAGAGCUCGGGCAGAUGGUACUGUCAUAGACCCCAAAAAACCGUUUCGCUGUGAAGUGUGUCGUAAAUCAUUUUCCCGUAAAUCAAACCUAACCAACCAUCAACAUGCAGCUGCAGGAGAAUCAGUCAGUGGUGAUGUGAAACACUUUUUUUGUUCCUAUUGUGAUCGGUGUUUUCCAAUCCGGGCGCGUCUACGAGACCACCAACGAGUGCACACAGGGGAGCGACCCCAUGCCUGCACUCUUUGUGGCAGAGCUUUCUCUCACCCCUCAAAUUUAAGAACACAUCUGCGGACACAUUCAGGUGAAAAGCCAUACCAAUGCCCUGUCUGCAAAAAGGCAUUUGGACACCACAGUAAUUUGAAAACUCACUUGAGAAUUCACACAGGUGAGCGGCCAUAUGUCUGUGUACUUUGCAGCAAGGGUUUCUCACAUCAGACAAACCUGAAGGACCAUGAAAGAACACAUACGGGUGAAUCACAGAGAAAAUUUGCAAAAAUUAAGUAA